AUGAGCUCAAAGACAACAGGUGUAGUAGUAGGAAGGAUUAUAGGAGUAUGUGGAUUGAAUGCAUCGGGCAAGUCAACAGUAUGCUCAUUCUUUAAAGAUAAAGGAUAUCAUGUGUUCUCUCUGUCAGAUGUACUUCGACAAGAACUAAAGAAUAGACAUAUAGAGGAGUCAAGAGAAGCUCUAAUAAACAUAGGCAAUGAGUUAAGGAAUAAACAUGGACCUGGUAUCUUGGCAACGAUGGCAUUACAAACGGUUAUUGGUGGUGGCGGUGGAGAGGGACGCAAUAAGGAUGUAAACUAUGUGAUCGAUUCAAUCAGACAUCCUGAAGAGGUUAGACAACUUAGGAUGCAGAAGGAUUAUCCAUUCUGUUUGAUUGGUGUAGACUGCUCACCAGAGACAAGAUACGCAAGACUAAAGUCUCGUGCAAGACAGGGUGAUAACACAAUCAGUCUGGAACAAUUCCUUCGAAUCGAUGGUCUAGAGACAAACAACCCAGAUCCCAAUGGACAACAGGUUGGCGCAGUACUCGCACUCUCAGACAUACGCAUUGACAACAAUCAAGAUUCAUCCUACGAGCAGUUCCAACACGACGUUCAACAACAUCUUGGCGGUCAAGUCGAGGCAUUCUUUGACCAGAAGAGGUAG